AUGUUGCUCAAGCAACAGCUGAUAUAUGUUGGCAAUAAGCACUAUGCCGACAAUACUUCUGCUUUGUCAUCAGCUAUUCCUAGCAGCUCCACUGAGCCUCAAUGGGUAGCAUCACUCAGAGGAGGGCAACAAGAUAUUACUCAGGAAUUCGUUCUUGAUGAAGCGUUAUUCAAGUCAUUGGCUAGACCAAUUGGUAUUGAUAAACCUAAAGCAAUUGAAGUUGUGAUUUCUGCCAUGGAGGAGCUCAUAAGAAUGGCCGAAAUCGAAUUUCCUUUGUGGGUUUCGACCGCGGAUAAUAGGAGCUAUUCCCUGAAUGAAGAUGCGUACUACAACUUGUUCCCUACAGCAAUCGGUCUGAAACCAGUUGGAUUCAAAGUUGAAGUAUCAAAAGGGAGCGAUGUGGUUUUGAUGAAUCAUAUGAAUCUUGUUGAAGUUUUCAUGGAUAUGAAUAAAUGGCUAGCUGUAUUUGCAAGCAUAAUUUCAAGGGCUUUAGUCAUAGAGGUUUUAUCAGCAGGGUCUGAGCCUGGAAAUUUCGAUGGAACCCUGCAAAUGAUGACUGCAGAGUAUCAAAUCCUCACACCAACGGUUCCAACGAGGGAGAGCAUUUUCUUGAGAUACUGUAAACAAUUAGGUGAAGGUACAUGGGGGAUCGUUGAUGUUUCGUUUGACAAUUUACUUUGUUUAGAUCCAUUAGUCAAAUGCAGAAGAAGGCCAUCAGGAUGUAUAAUCCAAGAAAUGCCAAAUAGCUGCUCAAAGAUCACAUGGGUUGAACAUGUACAUGUGCAAGAUGAAGGUGUUCAUUAUUUAGGAAAGCCCUUUGUCGAAUCAGGUCUUGCAUUUGGAGCUCAACGAUGGGUUUCAGUCUUAGCUAGACAAUGUGAACGUCUUGCAAGUGCACUGGUGACAAAUUUCUCUCCUAAUGACAUCAAUGAUACUGUGCUAAUAAGUCCAGAGGGAAGAAAGAACAUCCUGAGACUAUCUGAAAGAAUGGUGCUCAGAUUUUGUGCUGGAGUAACUUCUUCUACUGCACAUGCAUGGCUGAAUUUAUCUGAAAGUGGAAAUGACCAAAUAAGAAUUAUGACAAAGAGGAGAGAAAAUGAUCUGGGGGAGCCUUCUGGUAUUGUGUUAAGUGCUACAACUUCUUUCUGGCUUCCAGUUUCUCACAAAUUCGUGUUCGAUUUCUUACGUGACGAGAGUACUCGAACUCAGUGGGAUAUCCUCUUUAAUUGCGAAGAUAUUAUAGAAAUCGUGCACAUCUCUAAUGGUAACGAAGUUGGCAAUUGUAUCUCCUUGCUGCGGGGUACAAAUUCAAACCUUGGCAGCUUGCUGAUGUUGCAAGAAUGUGGUACUCAUCAAACAGGAUCUUAUAUUGUCUAUGCCCCUAUUGACAAUGGCACAGUGGAUCUGUUAUUAGAUGGUGCAAGCUCUGAUCAUGUAACACUUCUUCCUUCUGGAUUCACCAUAUAUCCCAGUGGACCUACACCUAAAUCAAUUCAUGUUGAUGCCAUUUCUGGUGCUGCUCGAGAUGCUGGAUCUCUCCUCACUAUUGCUUUUCAGAUUUUGGUUAAUCCCGUCCCAAAUGCAAACAUUCCUGCAACAUCAAUUUCCAGCAUCAGCAAUCUCAUUGAGUACACAUCUCACAAGAUAAGAGCUGCUUUGGCUCUCCGUGGUGCCUAAGUUUACAGUGUAAUAGCAAGGUCAAUAGUAGGACAAGGCCAGGAAAAGUCAAGAGCGCACUCUAAUAUUAAUUUUGUGUUCACAAAAUUUGGCAAAGGCGUGAAGGUGGAGAGGUUCGGGCAUUGACUUCUCCAACAACUGUUCUGUAACUUAUGACUUUGUAUUACCAUUGUUGCUUGUGUCUGAAACUUGUGCUUGUAAGUAGAGAUGAGUAAUGGAGUCAUCCAUGCUGAUCUCUGCAACUUUUAUCUUAUUUCAUGUUUGCUUUUGAUUAAGACUUGGAUAGGGUAACUUGAUGAUCUUAAAUCUAAUACCAUAAUGC